ACAGAAGUAGCUGCCAAUGAGCUCCGCCGAGUAGCAGAGGGGCAGGGCUAGUUCUUAAAGGAACCGCGACCUGUUAGCAGACCAGAGGGUGACCCGGAUGAUGGCGGCCGGCGCGGCCUUAGCCUUGGCCCUGUGGCUAGUAUUGCCGCCAGUGGGGGUGGGAGGGGGAGGGCCCCCGCCGAUCCAGGACGGCGAGUUCACGUUCCUGCUGCCUGCGGGGCGGAAGCAGUGUUUCUAUCAGUCCGCGCCGGCCAACGCAAGCCUUGAGACUGAGUACCAGGUGAUCGGAGGCGCUGGGCUGGACGUGGAUUUCUCCCUGGAGAGCCCUCAGGGAGUGCUGCUGGUCAGCGAGUCCCGCAAGGCAGACGGUGUGCACACGGUGGAGCCCACGGAGGCCGGGGACUACAAGCUGUGCUUUGACAAUUCCUUCAGCACCAUCUCGGAGAAACUGGUGUUCUUCGAACUCAUCUUUGACAGCCUGCAGGAUGACGAGGAGGUGGAGGGCUGGGCAGAGGCUGUGGAGCCUGAGGAGAUGCUGGAUGUCAAGAUGGAGGACAUCAAGGAGUCCAUUGAGACCAUGAGAACCCGGCUGGAGCGCAGCAUCCAAGUGCUGACUCUGCUGCGGGCCUUUGAGGCACGUGACCGCAACCUGCAAGAGGGCAACCUGGAGCGGGUCAACUUCUGGUCGGCCGUAAACGUGGCCGUGUUGCUGCUCGUGGCCGUGCUGCAAGUCUGCACGCUCAAGCGCUUCUUUCAAGACAAGCGGCCGGUGCCUACGUAGCCCACUGCCAUGGAAGAACAGGGGAAUGGAGGGGCAGCAAGGCGCAUGCGUGUGAGACUGGAGGGGUGGUCCCUUCCCCAGUGCAGUUCCCUAGGGGAGGGGAGGCUAUGCAGUUCCGGCCUGAAGUGUGGCCCCCGUGCGUCUCCUCCCUUCCAGGGCCAGGCAGGGAUGCAGGCGUGGGCCCUUCAGGAGGGGUGGCUCAGCAUCUGUUUUGCAGGAAAUUGUGCCUGGGGGGCGAUGCAGCGGUCGAAUGCAACCCUUGGGUUUUCUGGCCCCGCCUCUCUGUCCCCUACUGUAACGUGCCUUAGCCAGAGUCUAACAGCCUGCACCAGCCCUGCGCUGUGCGGACGGGGCCCAGCAAGCAAGCUCCCCGUUCCCUUCCCCACCAGCCCUCCAAGCCAGGUCCUGGUAGGAGGGGGCUUGCUGCUGUGGGAUACCAUGCCUUCCUUCUUCUCCUUGUGGCUCCACCCGAAGCCUGUGGUGCUGCUGGGGGUUGCCCGCUCAGGCCAGGGGCCGGGAAGGAGACGUGGCUGCAGUGUUCUUGCCAGAACAGUCACUUUAUUGACAGGAAGGGGCCCGGCCCCUCGGCCCUGCGGGGGGCGGGCUGGGUGUGAGGUCUGGUAACAGAACUCCAGCAGGAGCGGGGCCUCCAAGACCACCCGCCCUUCCCGCUCUCCCUGCAGGGGCCCCAGACAGGGCUGAGGGGUGGCCCGGCCAAAGCCUGCCCAGGCACAUCAUGGAACAAAGGGGGUACUGGCCUGGGCACCAGAAGUCAAUAAAUUAUGAUCAGAAAAA